UCAGUAUAGUAUAAGUCUAUACUAUAGUCUUCCUGUCCACUAGGUGGCGAUGCCUGUUUUGCAAAAGAUGCGUUCGAACUGUUCGUCGCCGGAAAAAGUAGCCAAUAGAAACAACGGAUCGGCUGACUUCUUAGACAUGUCUAUGGUUCACUUCCUGUUAUGGAUUGGUCCUUCAAACCAGUCAUGCGCGUUUGGUGAAGUUGAAAGAGUAUGUGUGCUUAACGGGACGUAAAGAGAUGCUGCUGAGAAUAAUCAACAGUGGCUUACUUCAGAGACUUUACAAAACAUCAAUUAAGAAUGUUAGAAUACCGACUCGGGCGCUGUCUUCACCGACACAAACGCAUGUCACGUCGCGUCUGUUGAGCCCUUCACGUGUCUGCCGUUCACCUCCAAGAUACUGUUCCUAUUUGACCAACGGAGAGAAUCGUGUCCCUGUUCCAAACAGCCCGCCACUUCAGACCGAGGAAACCGCUGUCUUGGAGAAUGAUCAGCAAAACAGCCAUGAGGUUUUCAACAUCGAUGUGUUGGUGGCGUUACUCCGACAGGAGAAUGCGCAGGACAUUUGUGUCAUCCGGGUGCCAAGCGAGCUGAUGUACACAGAGUACUUCGUGGUGGUCAGCGGCUCUUCAACCAGACACCUGCGCGCUAUGGCCUUUUACGCGGUCAAAGUGUACAAGUUCAUGAGGGGAACUGAAGACCCGCAUGUCUGCAUCGAAGGCAAGGAUGCAGAUGACUGGCUGUGCCUCGACUUCGGUGAUAUGGUGGUCCAUUUCAUGCUGCCCCAGACUAGAGAGACGUACGAACUGGAGAAACUGUGGACGUUGCGUCACUAUGACGACCAGCUGAGCAGCAUCCCUCCUGAAACGCUUCCCACAGACUUCAUCUACGGAGCCGAUGCCCCCAAGUGACUCCAGAUCUCCUGGGAGACGGAAUGGAUUUGAGCCAAUCAGACACUGAGUUGUUGUUUUUUUAAGCCGCCCAGGCUGCUGUACAGUAGUAUGUAUAGGAUUGAGAAGAAUGAGUUAUAUUGUCUUCUGUUGUCUUGGUAUGUCUGUGUAUGUUUUCAAUAAAUUAUAAGUUUUUGAAACUG